AUGCCUCCCCGUACUUUCCAGGCGGUUGCGAGGUCCGCCAAUGACGCCAUCGUCCCGACCCAUCUGCUUGAAACUCUGCAACCUAACACCCGCCUGUUUUUCAUAAAGUUGACGGUUUUCUUUCGUAGCAGCGGAGCUACCACAAGACAUACAUUGGAGAUGUCUGCGCCAUGUCAACAUGUCUCCGAACUGAAUCGGUUGGUCUUGGCGGAUAUUAUUCGUUUCUUGGACCAGGUGGGAUCGCCUCGUGAAGCUCUGAGCGAGGUAAUCUUCCGAGUCACCAUCUGUGCAGGAGAAAUGAUGGCAGAUGAAUCCAACGCGGGACGAAGGGUGCUGCCGCUGGAGGUUUUUCUCCUUUUCACUUGCCCAGCAGCGGAGCUUGGGCCACCGACGCUCGUGAGGGUGAAUGUAGAGGAGAGAUUGGCGAAUUGCAGCGUUUGUUUAGAGGAAUUGGAGGUGGGUUCAGAGGCAGGCAGGCUUCCUUGCAACCAUCAUUUCCAUGUGGAUUGCAUUAACCGGUGGGUAACAUACCAUCGCUCUUGUCCUAAUUGCCGCUUAGAGUUAGGGUGA